AUGCAGCAUAAGCAUGCGCCAUCUGUUGACGAAAUGUGAAAAACAUGGAGAGGGACUAAUGAAUGAACUUAGGAAGAAAUAUUUGACAUGUUGUCUUGAAAUGAGAAGUGCAGGGUAGUGCAGAUUCCAAGGAAUGCCAGGGUGGCGCCCUGAUUGUUUGCGCAGCUCUGAGCGACAUACAGAAGUACUGCGGUAUAGAGCAUCUAAUGCUAGUCAACUGAAUACCAAUUUAGGAGUGGAGCAAACAGGAACAGCCUUUGUUGAGCUGCAGAAGAAAGCUGGGAGUGGGUUAGGCCUAAUUGUGUCAGGGGGCACAGAUAAGGAGAGUAGAGCCCAUAUAUCAAGUUUUAGACCUGGAGGAGUUGCACACAGAUCUGAUGCUCUGCUUGAGGGUGAUUUCAUUGUGUCUGUGAAUGGAAUAAAAACGCGAGACAUGAAACAUGACGAAGUUAUCAACCUUCUGAAAUAUACUGGUGAUCAGGUUCUUCUGGAGGUGGAGUAUCAGUUACCUGAUACAGGAUUUUCAGACUCCUUUGCAAUAUGCUGUAAGCAGCACACUGUACACUUGGUGAGGGAAGGCAAGAGUUUUGGGUUCACAAUCAGGGGAGGCUACCAUGAGCAACAGCACAAAACACGCCCACUUAUUGUCACUCAGGUGCGACCAGGUGGACCAGCUGAUAGAGAAGGCUCCAUAAAGAUUGGGGACCGGAUCCUGGCCAUCAAUGACUAUAAUGUGGCCCAUUUCUCCCUGGCGGAGGCGUCGGUGUUCCUGCAGCAGUGUGGGAGGGAGGUCAACCUGAUGGUGGAGUACGAUGUCUCUCUUAUGGAGGCAGUCAACAAUGCACAGGGUCCCUUGCUGAUUGAAAUAGACAAACUUCCGGGGAUGAAGUUAGGGGUACACCUCACCCAGACCUCCCACCAAGGAAAGCCAUGCCUGUGUAUCGACCACAUCGAUCCAAUGAGCAUAGCAGACAGGUGUGGAGCACUCCACCUAGGAGACCACAUCACCUCUAUAGACGGGACCAGUGUGGACCAGAUGUCGAUAGCGGAGGCGAGUCGGCUGAUAGAGACCCACACCCAGGACACCAUUAAGUUGGAGCUCCUACCCCACAGGCUGGUAGAGAGACAGCAGUCCCGGGACUACAUCAACAAGAACGGUCUCCUCAAGGCCCCAGGUUGCCUCCCCAGCAUGGCCCCUGCAUCCUCUGUCCCCGCUCUUCUGUCCUCUGCUUCCACUCCCUACGGAUUUGGCAGCAGUAAUGCCUUGUCCUCUGCUCCGUUUGGGAACAGCAUGAUGAGGUUAUCGGGAAGAAGUCGGAGAAUUCUGCACAGAAUUGACCCCAAGCAAUCUUCGUGUAUGUCCAUUUCCUCGGCUGCCACCUCUGUUGUCAUUAGCAACCAGAUCUGUCAUGUCGACACGGUCGAGGUCUCUCUGUGUGGGGACCACAAGGGGGUCGGCCUGACGGUGGAUGGGGGCCCCCCAGAGGGAAUCACUGUGUAUUCCAUACAACCAGGAAGUGCUGCAGAAAGAUGUGGAGUAAUACAAGAAGGUGACCGAGUAGUGGGCGUGAAUGACCUUGAAAUAACCAACCAAUCAGCUGAGCAGUUCAAUCAGCUGAUCAGGGACCACAGACACCGGUGUGACCUCACCAUAGAAUAUGAUGUCGCAGAGUCAGUUAUGCCCAGCUCCGGCAUAUUUGUUGUGAAACUCCCCAAUCAUCCAAGAAACCUAGGGCUUACCAUUAAAGCAAUCAGACGGGAACUAAUCAUUACAUCAGUGAAGAAAGGCAGCAUCUCAUACAGAUGUGGGUCGGUACAGACCGGUGACAGAAUCCUGGCCAUCAAUGAUAUCCGGACCGAGGGGCUGACCGUAGAGGACGCCAUGCACCUCCUCCACUCCCCCGAGGACAUCAUCAAGAUCAAGCUCCGCAGGGAGGAGCACCCUAACGAUGAGAGUUGUGAUGAGUCAGUGGUGUACACGGUCGAGCUUCACCGGCGGGGUGGACCCCUGGGGAUCACCAUCUCGGGGACUGACAGCCCUGGGGACCCCAUUAUCAUCUCUGACAUCAUCAAGGGGGGACUGGCUGAAAAAACCGGUGCCAUACAUAUCGGAGAUCUCUUACUGGCCAUUAACGGAGAAAUGAUGAAGGGGAGAACUCUGACGGAGGCCACCGAGAUGUUACAGAACGCCGAGGAUCUCAUCACACUCAAGAUUGCCCGACCCAUUGAAGCCAACAGAUCUCGGCACAGAAAAGGGGGACACUGUAGCGACAGGUCUACAACGCCUGCUGCCAGUAUAGACAGCGCUAUGGAAUCUUGGGAUAGCGAGUGUCAUGACACCCAGCUCGGGGCCCCGGGUAAUGGUCACUCGGUACAGCCAAUGGUUGUGUCCCGACCUCUCAGUCGGGUCAACAAGUCAGGGAGAAGUUUGACGAGUGGAGGAUCCAACCAUUCAAAUGCUUUGUCCAGUGUGGACAGAUUAGAUGAUCUCAGUUCAGAUGACAACCUUGACAAUUGUAGUGACGGUAGUCGUGAAAACGGUGAAAAUUCGGCGGUUGAGGAGUGGGUGAGGUCGUUUGAGGAUUACGAAAACUCAGAAAUGCUCCGCCAGAUAAGUGCAAGCCUACGGGAGAAAAGUACAGCAAGUCUGGACAGGAGGGCAAGGCCGACUUCUCGCAGUGGGAGUCGCAGGAAAAAGAUAUCACACAGCACGGCAAUCAAUUAUAACAGUGACCUAGAUCUUGGGAUAUUGUCGGGAGGCCCGAGGAAAUCAAGAAGUGCGGUACGACCCAGCAAGUCCAAUGCGGAAAUGUACCAGAAUCAUGUGCAGACUAUUUUCUCUCCCACCCCGGUGCAGUUACACAAGAUCAAUCUGACGCGUAGCACUGUGGUAGAGGACUUUGGAUUCGGAUUGUCGGACGGAAUGUACGAAAAAGGUGUUUACAUUAGUGGAGUUCGGAAAGGAAGUAUCGCUGACCUGAAUGGACUCAAGCCAUUCGAUAGGGUUCUACAGGUGAAUGGCAUAAGAACCAAAGACUUUGACUGUGCUCUGACUAUUCCACUAAUCACGGAGGCUCGGAACAAUCUGCAUCUGAUCAUCAGUCGAAACCCAAUCACAAAGUCAUCCAGUCUGGGUACCAAGAAAUACACUGGUACCCAGCCGUUCAGAGAUUACAGAUCCCAAGACGAGGAGAAAGUGUACGAAAACUUCAGUGUUUCCUCAAGUGUAAAUAGUCCCAAAACUGUCUAAAAAUAAUUAUUCUUGUUGACGAGCGAUUUUUUUUCUCAUUUUCUUAUUUAUUUAAUUUUUAAAAUUGUUGUAAAAUGUUGUAAAAGCUAGAAUUAAGUUUGUUUCCAUUUGAAAAAAAACCGCAUGAUACUCACAGAUGUCUUGACACCUGUAAUAAUUUUCAAAAUUGUUGUAAAAUGUUGUAAAAGCUAGAAUUUAGAUUUGUUCCGUGGAAAAAUCCAUGAUACUCAAAGAUUUCCAACACUUGUAAUAAUAACUUAUGGAAUAUUUUGUAAAAUGUACAUUUUCAUGGUAUUAUGACUCAAAUGAUGCACACAAAAAGUGAAGUUGGAGUAGAUUUGUUGAAAUGAAUUUUUGCUUGAAAAUAUUUACUUAUGAUUAAAAAUAAUUAAUGUCAAUAUUAUUUAAAGAUGCAUACAAAGGACUAAGUGCGGUUUUAUGCAAUUUUUGCCCCCCAAAAUCAAAGUUUUAGAAAGAGCUUUAAAAUAAGGUGAAAGAUAGUUAAAAUCAUAUUGGAAGUAAAGGUGUAAAAGGUUAUCACCACAGUGACGUCAUAAUGUAGAAAUGACGUCAUGAAUAUUGCAUUAUUUUGAUAAAUUGAUGUUUUGUAGCAAAUUAUGGGUGUUUUCCAAUGGUUUUUCGACUGGGAAACAUCGAGCGCAGGCUUGCUCAAGUACCAUUUUUUAGUAUAAUAUGUAUAACUAUCUGAAGAAAAACAUAUGUUAAAAUCACACUCGAGCAGACCUGCGCUCUAUACCUCUGAAUGCAAAAUGUACAGCAAAAAUGAGAAUAUCUUCAUUUGUUUGCAAAUUUGCGGGAAUUAGGUCAAUUAGGUGACGUCAUAGUUAAACAGCGAGUGAGCAAUGAUGACUAAAAUCAAGAUUAAAGUUAUAGGCAUCCUCUUUACAAUGAUUUGUGAAGAUUUCAUUUUUAUAUGAUACUAUUUAAAAACUGAUUGAAAUCGGGGGCAGAAAUUUGACCAUACCGCACAUAGUCCUUUAUGUAAUUGAUGCUGUGAUAACAUUUUACACUCAGAAAAAAAUGAGAUUAUUAAAAAAGAUGUAUUAUGUUAUUAUGUCUUCCACCUUGACAUUAAUGUACAGUAAUUAUCAUAUUGCAAUUCACAAAAAAUUAUUCAGAAAAAAACCCUAUUAGCUUGAUAAAAAUGUCCAUGAAUCUAUUUAAAAUAUGUGACUUAGGUUUUGUGAAGUUUUAUGCAGAUUUUGUGUAUAUUAAAGCAAUUUUGUCUCUGCAUGCUAUUUCUUCAGUUGAACAAUGAACAGAAAUGGUGCAAUUUUAUCUUUGAAAAGGAAUAAGUUAAAUAAUUGUUCAUGAUUCUGUUGCCAUACCAACCACUUUCAUUUCCUACCUGUUGUUUGUACAGUUCAUAAACUGGUGCUUAUUCCAUUAUAGAGAAAUUGUUUGGUCAUAUUUAGAUUGUGACUUCAUUGUAUUUGUAAGCUUUAGUCUUGCCAAAUACAAACUGUUAAACAUCUACAAUUUAAGAAUUUAUGUUGAAUGAAUGAUUUUUCUCAUGAACAUUUUUGGGGUGUAAAAUUAAGAAUUUUAGCAACUGCCACAUAAAUAGAAAAUAUAAGUAAUGUGCUUUAUACUUGCUGACUUUUCAUGAGUUAUAGAAAUUACAGUAUGUUUAUUCAUUCUUUACAUUUGACAAAAUAUUUCUUAUCAAUUUACAAAAUAUUAAAUAUGAUCAAUUUAGUCUUUCCUGUCAAAAGAGAAUCUCAGUCCUUUUGUAUUUUAAAAUACAAAAAUCUUGAUUGAUCAAGAAAGAGAUUGAUUUACAGUUUGUCAUUUUUACUAAAGAGAUUAUUCAAGCUACACAGUUAUGCUAGAUUUCUUCUUUCAAACAAUUUUUGAAUAUGUAACAAGUAUUUUAGUGGUGAAAAAUGUACUGCAAGAAAUGUUUAUGUCUUAGUACAUUUAUCAUGGUAUCUAUUAGAAGUUGGUAGGAGACCUUCAAAGCUUGUUUACAGCAAAUCUAGGUGGUGCUUAGUAUGUGUUUUUUGUUUGAAUUUACAGUGCUACACGUGUUUACAUGGAAAAGAUUUUUUGAAUGUGAUGCCAUUUAUUUAUUUUUUUGGGGGGGGGGGGUAACAAGAAAGAUAAAAUGAAGAAGAAUAUAUUGACAUACACAGUGUAAAAAUUGAUGUUUGCAUGUACGUAAAUGUUGGAAGUGAAAAAUUGGAAACAAAUGCCAUGCUCAAAUGAUGUUAUGUUGUAGCAAUUGUGUUUGCAGGAGUACAGAGCUCAGAAUGCAGACUGAUGCAUUCUAGAUAUGUUUUUCAAAUCAGCUAGAUAUUAUUUUUUAGAGAAAAAAUUCAGCCUGUAUAUUGUUGGCCUGGUGGAUGGGUUGUCAUCAACCUUUAUAUAAAAAAAUAUCAUGAUUUGUGUGGUCUCUUUUGUAACAUUUUCGUGUUUCGGUUUCAGCACAAAAGUUGGUCUACUACAGUGUUUGGAGUGAUAUUUGGUUAAAAAUAAAGAAAAUACUCUUUAGAUAAUAAACUUUUUGUUCUGUUGUAAAAAAAUAAUGGUAUUUUAUAAAAUUUUGAACUCCAUUCAAUUUUUGAUGGUAAUUGAAUGAAGAAAAAAUUGUUAUUUUGUGAAAGGCAAAAAUAAGGUUGUGAGUUUGGGAUAUGCAAGCUGUUGAAAUGUUUGAUUGAAUACUGAGGUGUUUUUGGAAUCAUUCCAGUUGUGAUAUACAAGUUUGAUUUUUUUCUGUGCUUUUUUUUUAUAACACAAAGAAUAUUGUAAGAUAAAAUAAAGUACUAAUACCAUUUACAACUAAUUACUUCAAGAUAAAUCAUAAAACAUUAAACUUUCGAAGAUUUCUCAAAUUGACCCCUGAAACCAUGUAAGCAAUUCUGCAAAUAAAUCGAACCGUUUUUAAAGUUUGGAUGAACCAACAAACUGUUUUAAGUUCUAAUUGUUAACAAAGCAGUGCAGUAAGUACAAUUAUGUUAUUAAUUUCCGGAGCAGUGCUACAUCAUAUCAUUCUGCUUUAUCUAUGUUGCUGACUGAUAACACCACUUUAUUUUUGAAUUACGAAUAAGCAGUAAAUCACAUGAUGUUAAAUGGUACAUCUAUUUAUGCAUUUUUUUUCCAAACAUAAAAUGUGAAAUAUGUUGUGAACUUUCAAAAUGGGCACUAAGAGUUGUGUAUAGGUUUUUUUUCUCCACUCUCUUUUGUGCAUCAGAUACAUAUUGAAUAUUUGUUUUGCAAUAGUUAUUAGCCAUGGUUGUUAUUCUAUAAAUAAAUUUGUUUUUUAAUUUAUAAA